UUAAUGUAGCAAGUCAUUUUCAGAUUGUGCAUGUUACAUUGAGAUUUAAAGACAUCUGUUGUUGCACGGUGGGCGCUAGGCUAUGAAAGUGACAACACAUCUUUGUUACAUUAUGAAAGGAGUAUAGAUUUAGAUUGCAGUCGAAUACAAGUGCUUUAUAUUACUUUAUUGACAAUUUGUUAACAAAAUGGCGACAUAUUCUGAUCGGGUUACCUUCUUUUGUUGUGUAUCAUGCAAGGAUAACAAGAAUAUUGAAAAGUAUGCAGUGUAUUACUGUGAAAAAUGUGAUGAGUGUUUUUGCAAGGAGUGCUGUAAGCAACAUGAUUUUUUAUUAAGAAAACAUAUUAAGCACGACCGGGGAAAUAUGAAGAACUGGCCAGUUUCAAAGGAGUUGGAGGCUGUUUUAAUAAUGUGUGAAAUACAUACUCAUAAACAGAUUGAAAUGUUCUGCAAAAACCACAGUCAGCUGUGCUGCUCAAAAUGUGUUUCCUUUAGUCACAGAAAAUGCCAAAAAAUGAAACUUAGAUCAUCCAAGAAACAGCCAGCAGAGGUACAAGAAUUGUUUGAGAAGCUUCUGAUCAAUAUGAGAAAACUGAGGAAUAUGCAGAGUUGCUGUGAAUCUGGAAUCCAGGAUCUGAAGAGUUCAUACAAGGGGCAAGAACUCAUGGUACAGAAAAUGAACAACAAAAUUAAAUCCACUAUGGACACAAUCGUGAGGAGCACUUUAAAGAAAACGCCUAAAGUUGAGCAAAAUAAAAUCCACAAAUUAAUACAUUCCACAUUGUUUGAUAUAGAGAAUAUUACUUUGAAUGAAGCAAAAAAUAAACUAAUAAGUAUUGAAGCUUCACUGAAGACUGGUGUUGAAACAUGCAUUCGUUAUCAUCAUGAAUUAAAAGCAGUCCAUGAACUCCUUCUAUACAGCUGUCAACUAUACACCAAGAAGAAACUCUGCUUUAUAGCGAGCCGGAAAUGCAUGGACAAAAUACAACAAGUAGAAACAUACCUGGAUGAAAACAGUCUAAAACUUGAAUGUUCGGUAUUAAACCAUACCAUACAAGAAACCGGGCAUUAUUUCUUAAAAUUGUCUUGUCUGGGGGGGCUUGUAGAGGGUAUGCCAGCUUACACUGACAUUGAACAAUACUUGUAUAAACUGUCAAGUCUUGUGAGAGUUUUAUGGCAUAACCAUGUGUUCACUGCCCAGGGGAAGUCUGAGCACACUGUGGCAAUACCAAGUGAUAAUGCCACAUGCACUAUCACAGCCAUCUGUGUCCUCCCAGGUGGACAGGUCCUAGUUGCAGACUGGAGUAAUAAUAAAGUCAAGCUUCUGAGCGACCAGUACCAGGUGGUGAGUCACUGGGAUAUGACGGCUGAACCAUGGAGUAUGUGUUUAAUCACACUCAGUGAGGUUGCAGUGGCUGUGGAUAAUGAACGUAACACACAUGAGGUCCAGUUUAUCACAGUCACCCAGAGCCAGCUUGCUUUGAGCAGGAAGUUUCAAUUACAACAUGGAUGUAGUGAUAUUGCCCACCACCAGGGUGAACUGUUUAUCUGCUCUGGAUCUGCACUGUUCAAGUACGCAUUGAGUGGCAAACAAGUCUGCAUACUCUAUGAGGACAGAUCAAAUGAAUGGACAGUACACAGAUGUGCUGUGAGUCCCACAGGGGACAAGCUGUACAUCACCAGCUGGAACCCUGACAAGCUCCUCACCCUGGCCAGGGAUGGAACACCCCUGGCUGCAUACACAGACACAGAACUAGAGCACCCAUAUGGUCUUCAUGUGACUCCUGCAGGCCAGGUGCUGGUCUGUGGAUUGCUGUCCAACACUUUAGUGCAGGUGGACUCGGAGGGGAGGAGUAAGCUGGCCACUCUGGCUACAGAGAUGGAUGAAGUGUGGAUACCAGCGUCAGUCUGCUAAGCAGCACAACAUCUUCCAUCCUUUUGGGACAAGUUGGGGACAACAUCCUGGUGUUCGAAGUGGAACAGGGUGUUCAUGUGCUCGACCAACACAGGAGGCCGUCCCGUCAACUCAGUCGUCAAAGUCAGUAGAGGUUGACAAGAACGAGGCAAAGGCUAAGACAUCCAGCAACAUUCUACCCAAGGUAAGUCUGCUUCCAGUCUGUUAUUGAGUGUUUUUCAAAAUACAUAUGUGCCUUGCUCUGGAAAAUGGGAUGGAAUUGUUUGUGUAAAGUGUUUUCCCAGAUAAGCCUGUGCUAUGGAAGUCUCUUUUAAAAAAAUCUGUCUAUUCGGGAGGUGUUGUCCGUGUUGUGUGCGUGAAAGUUUUUUUAUGGCUGUACAGGCUAAUCAGGGACAACACGUAGUGCAACAUUUAUAAAGCCCUGUUUUUUCAGAAUGAGGUUCAAAAUAAGUCCGCCUGCACUCUGUUACACUGUUUCGGAACGUGAUACAAGGUGAGUUUCGAUCUGGGAAAAGGGGGCUUAAUGCAUUCAAAGUGCCAUCCACAAAUUAGCCUGUGUGGAGUGCACACAGUGUAAUCAGGGAUGAUACUUUCUGCUUUUGAGGAAUGUUUGGUUUAAAGGAAAUUUCUUCUUAACAAAAAUCAAGUCUUGGUGGAAAGUGUCGUCUCAAGUUAGCCUGUGAGGACUGCAUAGGUUAUUGUGGGAUGACACUAUACACAUUCAUUAAGCCAAGUUAUCCCAGAGCAAGGCUCAAGUUAACUUUAAGUCUGUUUAAGAGUGGUAUUUAUUACUUCUGGGGCCGUAUCCACACAGAUCCUUAGGUAUUUACUAAGUUAUUUACUUAAGUUCGAUAAAUCACCUAAGGCAAGAUUUUCCCUUAAAUAUUCAACCUCAAAAUUCCUUAGGAAAAAGAUAAGGUAAGUUUUUGUCUCGUGCUUAUUUUUUCCUCAGUGAAACAUAAAUCGCCUAAGUAGUGACUCAAGUUUGUUGUCAGGGACAUCCCCGGUUUCCCUGACAUAUAAAUAGCAUCACGAUGACGUCAUAUCACAUACCACGAGAUUUCACGGCACACAAAAAAAUGGCGGUUGUCGAUAUCCACAGAACAUCGGUUGAUUUAUAUUUUGCUUUUUAACACACUGUGCGUUUCAAACGGAUUUUUAAUGAAGUGAAUAAAGGGAGUAACUUUUAUAACAUGCAUACAAUGCUCGUGAAUUUAAUUAGCAUGAAUGCAAUGUUUUAUUUGUCAUUCCCUUCUGUCGGCGAAUUGGGUUUUUUGGUGGAUCUUAAAAUAGCACUGACGCGAAACCGGAUGUUUACAGCAGACGGCAACUGUCAAGACUGUCAAAAUGGAAGAGAAAAAGAAGCGAAAACCUAAUUUUUCUCUCCAAGAUGCCAUGUUAUUGGCUCAAGUUAUGGGAGAAACGCAUCCCGUUUUAUAGACUUGGGAGUGCCAUUCCACAAGGUGCACAAGGCGAGAUUUAGCAACCGUACGUGUAAAAUUAUUUAAUUUUUUAAUGUAGUUUUAGACACAAACGACAUAAUAAUUUGUUUUACAAUUUCAGAGAGCUGAAUGGUAAUAAUAUGUGAAUAGAGCCAUUGCAUUAUGUUACAAAAUUGAAAUGAACAAUCAAAUAAAAAAGACAAAACAUAUAAAUGAAUGUUUAAAAAUAAGUAAUUGUUCUAAUGGAUCUAUCUGACAUUUGAUGCUUAAUGUUAAAUAAAAUGUCAUGAAUAGAACCAUCGUUUACAAAUAUUAUUAAUAAAUCCGUGAAUCACAGCAACUUGAGCAUAAUUCAUUGUAUAUAAUAAAUAAAAAAGAUGAAUAUGUAUCAUGUUUGUAUGAUAACAGGAAUCAGUAAAGCAACCAAGAGGGCACUUAGGGUGACAGUUGCGGAUUUCUUUAAUGCCAGUGCCCGGUUCAAACGGGACCCAGCCAUUUUGGAAAAAAAUGGAAAAUCUUCAACGAGAUUGCCGGAAUGCAUACAUGGACUACCAAAGCGAAAUCUCAUUGACAGGACGUGGUCCGAUUGGAAAGACCCUGUCAGUGUUGACAGAGGCAGUAAUAGAUGUCAUUGGGAAGCAGAGCGAAGCAGUUGUCGGUGCGGCAGGUGCUGCAUAUGACUCGACAAUGGUCUCGCUUAUCCAUCCUGAACAGUCCGACCUGUAUGACACUGAAGAACGAACAUCAAACUCGGAUGGUCCAAUCUUCAAUGUAAUGGAUCUUAUGCCAGUAGCACCUUCUCAAAGAGUCCAAUCAUGUUCAACAACAACAACCAGUACAAUGCCAAGGUAUUAUUAUAACCUUAAUAAUCGAUUUAUAUUGUUUUCAAGCCAUAAGCAAUG